UUGCACUCAAUAUUUAGAAUUCUUCGGUUUCUAUACAGUCUUUUUCUGCUUGAGGUUCGUCGCUAUGGGACUACGCAGCCACCUACUGCAGAUACACUUCCAAAGAAGUAUAUCAUUUACUAUGUACAGCCUGAUGAUACUUUGCAAGGGAUAGCCUUGAAAAAUGAUUGCUCUAUAUCAUCAAUCGUGCGAGCAAAUAAAUUAUGGUCAAUGGAUGCGUUGCAUUUGAAAACGUCAAUCCGCAUUCCAGUAGAAGGAAGUAGCUAUAGAUCAGUUAAUGAAAAGGAUCGGCAGCAUGCUGACGCCCCGUCUCCGGAUACUUCAGGAAAAAAAGAAGAUAAACAGCAGGAAAGCAUGAUGGAUAUACUGAGUAGGAUCGAUGCAACCAUUAAAAACACUAGCUCUAUUGUGCGGAGGCUUGAGCGAGAGUCAACGUAA